AGUGUUGUGAGUUGUGAGAUAAUAUUUUUUGUCACAUUUGCAUUUUUAUUACUUUUGUAUUAAGUUAAAAUGGUGACAUCAUUCUAUUAUUAUGUUGAAUUUGUACAAUAAGAAACGAUGUUAUUCAACUAAAAUGCUUUUAUCGAUUUUAACCUAAAUUCACAAUGAUUCACUGUAUUAAAUAAAAUGUGUUCAAUAUCGGUUUAGUUAAAUACUUACACAAAAGAUUAUGUGGAGGAAAAUAAACCUCAAACCUGUACAACCCGAGAAACUACAAAUCCAGUUAACUCAUUUCAAACAAAAAUCCAAUUGGGACUGUGGAGUGUCAUGUGUGUUAAUGGUGUUGCCGAAGGUGAAAAGAGAAGAGUUCUUAAACAAUUUUUCGCAAAUAUGUAAAAGCGAAGGCUUUAAUAAAAGUACAUGGACAAUAGAUCUCUGUUAUUUACUGAAAAAAUUUCAAGUGCCACAUAUAUUUUACACAAUAACUUUAGGAGUUCAUGAAGGGUACAGAGAAAAUAGUUUUUAUAAUACAAUAUUAAGUAAGGACGAACAUCGGAUUAACGCGAGAUUCAAAGAGGCUGAAAACGUAGGAAUAGUAGUGAGGAAACAAUCUGUGUCAAUGUUGGAAAUAAUAAGUCAUCUCACGAAUGGCCCUGUGAUAGUAUUAACGAACGCAAAAAUUCUGAGCUGUGAUAUUUGCAAAUUCAAUAAAAUCUCCAGAGAAUUUAGAAAAUGCAUUCCUUGGCCAGCCCCAUACCAAGGGCAUUACGUAGUUUUAUGCGGUUUUGAUAUUCAUAACGAGAAACUUUUUUAUAGGAAUCCCUCGUUCAAUGAUCGUAAGUAUCUUAAUAAAAAUAAAUUUUUAGUUGAACGUCGUUCCAGAUUACUGAACAGUGCGUUUCUAACUACCCCAGCUAAACUCUAAACUUGAAAUUUUAACUGUUUUUAUUCACAAUGUCGCGUAUUUUGAAGCAUUAGAUUCGAUUAGGUUUGGUUUACUUUAACUCCGAUUAGGUUUGGUUUAAUCUAGUUUCUAUUGGUUUAUUUUAGCUUCGUUACGUUAGGUUUACUUUAGCUUCGAUUAGGUUUGGUUUACUUUAGUUUCGAUUAGGUUAGGUUUACUUUAACUUCUAUUAGGUUUGGUUUAAUCUAGUUUCUAUUGGUUUAUUUUAGCUUCGAUUACGUUAGGUUUACUUUAGCUUCGAUUAGGUUAGGUUUACUUUAGCUUCGAUUAGGUUAGGUUUACUUUAGCUUCGAUUAAGUUAGGUUUACUAUAGCUUCGAUUAGGUUAGAUUUACUUUAGCUUCGAAUAGGUUUGGUUUAAUCUAGUUUCUAUUGGUUUAAUUUAGCUUCGAUUACGUUAGGUUUACUUUAGCUUCGAUUAGGUUUGGGUUAAUCUAGUUUCUAUUGGUUUAUUUUAGCUUCGAUUACGUUAGGAUUACUUUAGCUUAGAUUAGGUUAGGUUUACUAUAGCUUCGAUUAGGUUUGGUUUAAUCUAGUUUCUAUUGGUUUAAUUGAGCUUCGAUUACGUUAGGUUUACUUUAGCUUCGAUUACGUUAGGAUUACUUUAGCUUCGAUUAGGUUAGGUUUACUAUAGCUUCGAUUAGGUUUGGUUUAAUCUAGUUUCUAUUGGUUUAAUUGAGCUUCGAUUACGUUAGGUUUACUUUAGCUUCGAUUACGUUAGGUUUACUUUAGCUUCGAUUAGGUUAGGUUCACUUUAACUUUGAUUAGGUUAAGUUUAUUCUAGUUUCGAUUGGUUUAUUUUAGCUUCGAUUAAGCUAGGUUUACUUUAGCUUCGAUUCACUUAGGUUUACUUAAGCUUUUAUAAUGUUAGAUUUACUUUAGUUCCGAUUAGUUUAGGUUUACUUAAGUUUUUAUUAGGUUAGAUUUACUUUAGUUCCGAUUAGUUUAGGUUUACUCUAGCUUCGAUUAGUCGCGGAGCACCCUUUUCAGUAACGUACAUUUCGAUAUCCAUUAUUUAAUUUUUCAGAUGUAUGUGUUAUACCAAUGGAGAUAUUCGAUUUAGCUCGCAAAAGUUAUGGGACUGACGAAGACAUAAUUUUUACCUACACGUAAAAUAAUUCAAAAAUAAUAAUAAUAAUUACUGCCGAUAUGUGCCGUGUAUCAUUUAUACAGUGUGGAAAAACCAAAUAAAAAAAUUUUUUAUGGUAAAAUUUAAUGUGAUCCCUUAAUUCAAAUCUUUUUGAAUGACAUGUAAAAACUUUUCUUUUUUUCGUAUAUACAUGGCAAGUUACUUCAAAGUUGAGCAAUACAUUUACAUUUAACAUUUCGUUUUGCUUUUUCCAAACUGUAUAUAAGUAUUUAUAAGUUUUUUCAAUUUUUUUUUUGUACUUAAUCUGUAUUUUUAAGUUGUUAUAGUUCAAAAAUAUAUAAUAAAACGUCCUUUUGAA